AUGGCUGGUCAAUCAAAGCCUGUUCUCUCCCAUGGGGCAGCGCAGUUGCAGGCGCAACAGGCGCAGGUCAAGACGAAAUUGCAGGUUCAAGUCAAGUCCGACGGAUCAGAGAAGCAUGAGGGAGUUGAGGUCUACGAAUCUACCAUCGAUGCGAUCACCAAAAUCACCGAGAAAGAGGGCAUUAGCGGGCUAUACUCUGGAAUUGCCGGCUCUUUGCUAGGAGUCGCCUCGACCAACUUUGCGUACUUUUAUUGGUACAGCAUUGUUCGAACUCUCUACAUGUCCAACAACAAAACCCCCAAGCCUCCCGGAACUGCGAUCGAAUUGUCACUCGGUGCUGUUGCUGGUGCCGUAGCCCAGAUCUUCACCAUUCCCGUCUCGGUCGUUACUACGCGUCAGCAGACCCAGCCCAAGGGAGAGAAGAAGGGUCUUGUCGAGACAGCCCGAGAGGUGGUGGAUAGCGAGGACGGCUGGUCCGGCCUGUGGCGCGGCCUGAAGGCCAGUUUGAUUCUGGUUGUCAACCCAGCCAUUACCUACGGUGCCUAUCAGCGUCUCAAGGAUGUCUUCUUCCCAGGAAAGAAUAACCUGAAGCCCUGGGAGGCGUUCUUCCUUGGCGCUAUGUCUAAGGCCCUGGCUACUAUUGCCACUCAGCCUUUGAUUGUUGCUAAGGUUGGCCUGCAAUCUCGCCCACCCCCAGCUCGGAAGGGCAAGCCCUUCAAGACAUUCGGCGAAGUUAUGAAGUUUAUUAUUGAUAACGAGGGCCCCUUGGCUCUCUUCAAGGGCAUUGGGCCACAGAUCACAAAGGGUCUGUUGGUUCAAGGUCUGCUAAUGAUGACCAAGGAAAGGUAUGUCAAAUCACCCUAUCUAUCUUCGGUUGCAGUCGCUAACUUUCUUCCCAGAAUGGAAAUUCUCUUCAUUGUCCUGUUUGCUUAUCUCACCAAGCUUCGGAAGUCGAAGCUGCAGAAGGCUGCCGGUACAGUUGCUGAGCAGGCUAAGACUAGCUUGCCUGCUACUUUGAAAUAG